AUGCGAGAGUUUGUGUUCUCGAAGACUCAGGCAGAGAUGGCCCACACUUGCCGUGGCACCAUCACCCUGGCGACGGCACACAUUGAGGUGGGUGACACCUGCCACCUGGUGCUGACCAGCGGAGGGCGGAACUACCACCUGAAGGCCACUUCCGAUGGGGAGAGUCAGCGCUGGGUCUCGGCUCUCCAACAGGCUAAGGCCAACACCACUCACAUGAUGCACCAAUCAGAUGACUCUGGAGACGAGGCCCCUGUGCCCCAGCCAGACCGGGCCCUGACCCAGGGGGCUCUGAAGACCCUGGCCAGUAAGCUGGACGACCUGAGCACCUGCAACGAGCUAAUCGGCAAACACGGCACCGCCCUGCAGCGAUCCCUCAGCGAGCUCGAGGACCUGCGCACGGCCACCGACGGCACCGACAAACUCAAGACCGUCAACGAGCGUGCCACGCUCUUCCGCAUCACCUCCAAUGCUAUGAUCAAUGCCUGUCGGGACUUCCUGGACGUAGCAGAGACACACAGCCGAAAGUGGCAGAGAGCCCUGCAGUAUGAGAGAGAACAGCGCCACCACCUGGAGGAGACUAUUGAACAGCUAGCCAAGCAGCACAACAGCCUGGAGAGGGCCUGGAGAGAGGCUCCCAGCACACACCCAGCAGACGGAGGUGAGAGGAGGCGGGAGGGGGAUGCCAGUGAUGAGAAUGAGGACACAGAAUUUUUUGAUGCUAUGGAGGACUCCCCUGCUUUCAUCACAGUGACUGCCACUGACCACACCCAGCACAGACGCUCAGCCAGUAACCAGAGUAUCAUGAGCGGACGAUUACCCAAUAAUGAAUGGAGCCACGACGAGAAGGACGCUGGCUCUGACAACAUGCAGCUGCGCAGAGUUAGACGCAGCCGCAUCCCAGACAAACCCAACUACUCCCUCAACUUGUGGAGCAUCAUGAAGAACUGCAUCGGCAAGGAGCUGUCCAAGAUUCCCAUGCCUGUGAACUUCAACGAGCCCCUGUCGAUGCUGCAGCGUCUGACUGAGGAUCUGGAGUACAGUGACCUGCUGGACCGGGCGUCUCGCUGUGAAUCGUCCCUGGAGCAGAUGUGCCUGGUGGCAGCCUUCUCUGUGUCCUCCUACUCCACCACCAUCCACCGCACUGCCAAGCCCUUCAACCCCCUGCUGGGGGAGACCUACGAGCUGGACCGCCUGGACGACUUGGGCUACCGCUCCAUCUGCGAGCAGGUCAGUCACCACCCCCCAGCCGCCGCCCACCAUGUGACUUCACAGCGAGGCUGGACCCUGUGGCAGGAGAUCACUAUCGACAGCAAGUUCAGAGGGAAAUACAUUUCUGUCAUGCCAUUAGGCUGUAUCCACCUGCAGUUCCACUCCAGUGGGAAUCACUAUGUGUGGGGCAAAGUUACCUCCACGGUGCACAACAUCAUAGUAGGAAAACUGUGGAUUGACCAGUCUGGGGACAUUGAAAUAGUCAACCACAGGACCAAGGACACCUGCCACCUCAAGUUUGUCCCUUACAGUUACUUCUCCAGAGACCUCCCACGCAAGGUGACAGGUGUGGUAGCAGACAGCGAGGGCACGGCCCACCAUAUCCUGUCUGGGACCUGGGACGAGAAGAUGGAGAGUGCCAAGAUAGUAGAAAGCAGCCGGGGAUGUGGAGGGUCAGAGGGCAAACAAAAGACUGUCUACCAGACCCUCCAGCCCAAACUGCUGUGGAAGAAAUACCCACUUCCGGAGAAUGCUGAGAACAUGCACUUCUUUUCCUCCCUGGCCUUGACCCUGAACGAGCCUGAGGAGGGCGUGGCCCCCACUGACAGCCGCCUGAGGCCCGACCAACGGCUGAUGGAGGCGGGGCUGUGGGACGAGGCCAACGCCCACAAACAGCGUCUGGAGGAACGACAGAGGCUGGAGAGAAGGAAGAGGGAGGCACAGGCCACACAGGCCCUGGAAGAAGGGCAAGACUUUGAGGGCUUCCAGCCGCUGUGGUUCGAGAGGAGGACAGAUGAUUCAACGGGGGAGAGCACUUACGUGUACAGGGGUGGAUACUGGGAGUCCAAAGACAGACAGGACUGGAGCCAAUGCCCUGAUAUCUUCUAAGACUCUGCCCCUGGGACUGUGACAUCAUCACUGGAGGGCCGAGCUGAGGGACUGAUCGACAAGCAAAGGGAGGAUCCACACGCUGAAGACACAUGGAUAUGUAGACAGCUCUUUGUCUGUGUAUGUGUAUUUGUGUGUGUUCCAGAAAGAUAGAGCCCUCCAUUGAGAAUAAUGUAAACUUCCCAUACUUCAAGAACUGAGAUAUAAACAUAAUCUGUCCCCCUCCCCGAUGUAGUUCUCUAAUCAAACAUGCUCUGUAUCAUAACACCUGUGUGUUUCUCACUCACUGAGUGAGUGUGUGAGUGUGUGUGCAACAGCGUGAGUGAGACAGACAAAUAACUAUUUAUGAGAGAAUAUUUUGAGUGUGAGGGAAAGAGUUAGAAAAUAGCUACUGCAUGGAAAACCAUAUGUUUUUGAGCUGGUAUGUAUGGUGGUGCCUGGUGCCCCAUUGAUCUGGUAAUAAGGUAAUAACUACCGUAAGUAUAUAAUAUUAUACAAUAAUAGGCAGAGGCCAGAAGGAAAGUGAAAGAGUUUGGGUUUUGGUGCUAGGAUAGGAUGUCCUGUUCCUCUGAGCUGGUUAGGAACAGAGUGUUCCUCCUGCUGGAGAUAUAUAACAUUUAUGUUGCACUGGCCAAUAGGAAUGUCAGGAGAUAAAGCUCCCCAGGUUUGUCUAACUGAAAGGUUAUGAAACAAAAAGCUGCACAUAGAAAUAGAGUAACCAGAACAGACACGACUCUCUACUUCAAGUAUCUCCAAUAUACUUUACAUAUCUAUAUGGAACAUUGUUUCCUUCCAUGCAACAACUAGGCACUCCCCAGGUUUGUAACAAACUGCUUUUCUGCAGUGCAUGAAAACACAGGUGUAGAGGACGCUGGUAUCACUAUGGGCACUUUUGAUUUAAUAUCUGUACAGACAUAAUCUCUGAGACCCAGAACUAAAAUCUAUACCAGUUAUGUUACGUGUGUCUGUCCACAAGAGAUUAGUACAGACCUAAAAUAAUUAGGGGAAUUUUGAGGAUGUUACAAGCUACCCACGAUUAUAUCGAUUUUGUUCAAAUGUCUUGAUUUCUCAAAUGUUGGUCAUACAGUCGCUAGUGAAAGUCUACACCUCCCUUGCACAGUCUUCACAUUUUGUGAAUUAAUUUUGCUGCCUUAAAAUGUAAUCUCAAAAGGGAAUACAUUUGAUUUAUUUCCUACCGAUCUACACAACCUUAUCCACAUUUUUAAGUUAAAGAGAAUUCUAGAAAAAUAUCCAAAUUAAUACUAUAUAAAAAACAAAGAUGUCUUGAUUGCGUAUGUCUUCACAGCCCAGAGUUAAUGCUUGGUGGAAGCACCUUUGGGCAACAUUUAUCCAUUGUUUUUAUAAAAAUUGCUCAAGCUCAAUAAAUUUGGGUGGGAGUCAUUGAUGGACAGCAAUAUUCAAACCUCAAAUUUAAGUCAGGAACACUCAACACCUCUUAGAAAUCCAUUCUGGUGUUUUUGACGUUUUAAAUUGUGUAAUCAUCCCACAAUAAUAAAACUAUCCCAGGGUUAGCUUUUCAGAAGACUGAGGUGGGUUUUCCUCUAAAUUUCAACCUGGGCUUUGCUCCUUUCUAUUUUAUUUUAUCCUGACAAACUCCCCAGUCCCUGCCGGUGACCAGCAUACCCAUAACAUGUUGCUGCCACCGCAAUACUUGAAAAGACUGAGGGUUUCACUCAGUGUUGUGUUGUAAUGGAUUUGACCCAAGCCUGUAGUUUUUAAUUUGGGCAAAAAAGUCCAUGUCUGCCGUGUUGUCUUGCAGUAUUACUUAACAGCCUUGUUGCAAACAGAAUGGAUGAUUUGGAGUGGAUUUUUUAAAACAGGCUUUAUUCUUUUCACUUUGUCAUACAGGUCAGUAAUGUGGAUGUGAAUGCAAUAUUGUUGAUCCUUUUCUAUUUUCGAGUAUUGUGGUGGCAGCAUCAUGUUAUGGGUAUGCUGGUAACUGGCAGGGACUGAGGAGUUAAUGUUGAUGGGAAAGACACACCAGAUCGGCUUUUAGGUCUUGAGUGUUCCUGAAUGAUCCAGUCUCAGUCCUGACUUUUAAAUAUGCUUAACAAUCUAAGACUAGGUUUGAAUAUUGCUGUCCAUCCAACGACUCCCAACCAAAUUUACUGGGCUUGAGCAAUUUUGACAAAGUAUGGAUAUAUGUUGCCCUAAUAGUUGUGCAAAAUUGGUAGAAUCUUAUUCAAAAUGUUUCACAGCUGUAAUGGCAGCCAAAGGUGCUUCCACCAAGUAUUAACUCUGGGGUCUAAAGACAUACAGAAUCAGGACAUCUAUGUUCUAUUUUUUGUUUUGUAAUUUGGAAAAUUCGAAAAAAAAUCUUUCACUUUGGAAAUGUGAAGUAGGCAGUAGGAACAAAAAUCCAAUUUAAUCAAUUUUUAGAUGUACUGAAUUUUAAGGCAGCAAAAUGUGAAGACUUUAUAAGGGGUGUGUAGACUUUCACUAGGCACUCGUUUGAGUGCCUAAUUGUGUACAGACAAAAUCUUAAAUUGUUUCAUGAUUCCUCCCUGUGCAAUGAAAUGUUUCAAAGUCUUAUAUUUUUUUAAAUAUUAAGAAAUCAUAUGAAUUAUACUAUAACAUGUGUAAUGGCGAGUUUCACGGUGCAAUUGAGGUGGGUAAUUCAAUUAUUACACAUCUUUGUGUUUGACUGCAGGCAUUUAAACAUGCACAAUCAAUGAACUCAAACGAGUGUUGUGGCACCACGUGUAGCUCAUGCAUGGUUUAGUGUGCUCAUACACUGUUAUCUAGUAUUAAUUAGGCAUUCAUUAGUAUCAAUUAGUUGUUUCUAGACUUCAUUCACAGAAGAACAUGUGAAUUCACCUCUUGUGCCCUAGGCCUUCGGAAAUAUAUUUUUUUUUAGCUCAAACACAAAGUGUCUCAAUGUAGUCUUUCAAACACUCGCAAUGUCAUUAGAGAUGGUCUAUAAUGUUGUAAUCGGCUUUGGUGUCAGUUCUCAACUCAAGACAAAGAUGAGAAAUAAAUGAGACAAGCCUUCAGGAAGGAUGAUGUUCCCUGAAGACCCAUAGCCAAGAGGAGAUUUCCACUGGGACUAUCUGUCUGAUCUGGGCUUGCUGGUUGGAUGAAGGAGCAGCAGAAGCCCUGGGGUCUCAUGAUGGGGUAGUGAAAGGACACUGAAGGCUGCACACUCCACUUUAGGCUACUUGUUUGAUGUCACCUUGUCUCUAGCACACAUGUAUUCAAGGUGUAACACUGAAUAAACACAAAUAAAUCUACCUAUGUGCACUUUA